UUGGGAGCAUGAAAUUGUCCAAAAUGUCUUGGUAUGAAGCUGAAGCAUUAAGAUUUCCUUUUACUGGAACUAAGGGGCCGAGGCCAUCCCCUGAAAAACGACACCUGAAUUCAAUGAUUUGGAGGGGUGUCCCAAAACUUUGGCAAUAUAGUGUAUGUAGAUUGAUUGGUUAUGUUAAAUGAUUUUAUGUGGAAAUGUGUGUUCAUGGUUCAGUGUAAUGGACUGGUAUCCUACCUGGCUCAGAGAGGGAUGCCAGUGUCCCCAGAAUAGGCUCUGGAUCCACAAUUAAACAAACCAUGAUGGAGUGGUUAUUUUAAAAUAGGACGGAGGAAAAACCUUUACUGAAAUCUUCCUUUAAUAAAUGUUGGCAUGACCUAUAUACUAUACUGAAUUAGUGUUAACUUUCCUUAAACACUAUUAGUUCUUCUAUUUUAAGCAGAAAAUCACAGUAAUAUGACAUAUUCAAUAAUUAUUGUAAAUGGAAAUCCAAUCAUUUUGUGGGAUUUUGGUGUUUGUCCCAGUUAAAUUAGGAACUAUAUACUAGACCAUGACUUUAGGAUGUAGUCAAUACAACAACAUUUCUUCAGAAUUUUACUUUAAACUUAAGAUGAUAUCAAAAAAAGGCUACAGUUUUUUGAUAUGUUAAUAUUUCUCCUGCUGCCUUUGGUAACCAUGUUGUCCAUAGGUUUGAAUGAAUGUCCAAUGGCAAGUUUUAUUAGUUGUGACUAAACCAUGAGGAGUUUGAAUUGGUGGAUCCGUGUCUUUGACAUGGUUGAUCUAGCCAGAGACAAUGAGGUGGAAAAAACGCUCUUGUGUUCAAGUGUCACUAUCCACACUUCCUACCAUUUACAAGUAUUUCUUGUAGGCCUCCUGUCUAGGCCUGGCCAAUAAAGAGGCUUUUGGUGGAAGUUGCCUUUUGUUGUUGGUCUCGGAUCAAUCUUGACAUUGGAUAGAAUGCAUAAACCUAGGGCUUGGCCUGGGACAGCUGAUCUGAGAACAGGCCAAAAGGACAUGUUUUACCCAGAGCUAAUAAAGUGGCAUGGACAGCACCUAGCUUCCUGCAGUAAUAAGGGGACAAACUGCUUGGGUGAUUAGCACCUCAUGAGGCAUUUGUGGGGGGCUGAGGGGCUUCUGAAGUAAGGUUCCCCCUUCUCCCUAAAAACAGGAAAGUGGAGUUCCCAGACACCUCCAUGACCAGGACGAGGCCCAAACUGUGAACCAAGAAGGCAGAUCAAAGAGCUUGGGAUUGAUGUUCUAGCCAACAUUACACACCUUUUUCACAUGAGCAGAGGGUGGGUGUCCACCUGGGAAGAGCUACAUCACAUCACAGCUCCACAGCUGACUGCUGCACUCACAAUCCAGAGUGGUCAGAGACUCCAGCUUCAAGGCCAUGUAUGUCCACGAGGACUACCCUUAUCCACUUAAUCCACUGACCAAGAGUUAUGGAUGCUAUCCACAAGGACAGAUGAAUUCGGGUUGCCAGGCAAGCUGUAGUGAAGCAGAGUUGAUGUCACUUCCAGUUCAUGCAUCGCUGCAGGGCAGAGAAUUGUGGGAGAAAUUUAACAGCGUUGGCACUGAGAUGCUCAUCACUAAAACGGGCAGACGCAUGUUUCCCAGCUGCAGAGUCACAGUCAUGGGGCUGAACCCCAAAGUCAAGUAUGUGCUGAUGAUGGACAUGGUGCCGUUUGAUAAUAACAAGUACAAGUGGAACGGGGAUCUCUGGGAGGUGAGCGGCAAGUCCGAUCCCCACCUUCCGAACCGCUUCUUCAUCCAUCCAGACUCACCCGCUUUGGGAGAAAGGUGGAUGCAGUAUCCUAUCUCCUUCCAUAAACUCAAGCUCACCAACAAUACACUCAACUCUAAAGGCCUGGUGGUGCUUCAUUCCAUGCACAAAUACCAGCCUCGUCUACAUAUAGUACAGGCUCCAGACCCGUGUGGAGGCCACAGUGGCGGAUACCUACGAUUUACCUUCCCAGAGGCAGCCUUCAUAGCAGUCACAUCCUACCAGAACCAAGAGAUCACCAAGCUGAAGAUCGACAACAACCCCUUCGCCAAAGGCUUUCGUGACAACGGACUCAGCAGGAAGAGGUUUAGAGACAAGGAUAUGAGUCAGAGGUCAGUUUCAGGGCAGCAACCAAACAGGACACAAAAUCAGCAAGCAAUUCAGCUGGACGAAGAUGAAGAUGAACAAGUGUCCAGCUCAGUGGAGUCCACUGGUGCAGUGCGUCUGCCGGACAUUAAGACCACAUCCGUGUCCGUCUCCAACCCUUUCUUAUCAGCCUUUAAGUGUGGAAGUGCUGGAUUAGCCUGUAGCCAGGAAGGACUGGACCAGUCCAUUUCCCAUCAAUCCCAGUAUAUACUCAACAAGAACAGAGACUCCAGGAGGCCUGAUGACAAUCUCCAGUACACGUGUGCCUCUUUGCCAGAAGCUCUCAGCAGCCGAAUCCCGAUGCCCCAGCAGCAGCCAUGUCACAGCCCGGACAUCCAGCCCCCAGGCGUACACCAGAUUUACUCGACCCAAGCCAAUCUCCAGCAGCCCCUCCGCCUGCCGCCCAAACUCAGCCGAAUGCAGCUGCCUGAAAGUGUCUUUAGGAGCCUGGAUACGAAUCCAAAGCCACUGUCUGACAUUUUCAACACAAUCCGGGCACGCAUGGUUGCCAAAGAUUCACAAAUUAAUCCCCUGCACGACCAGACUGCCUCAGGCUCGAACAGGGAAGCAAAAGCCAUGAUUUUCCCAGCUGUCCAGGACUGCGGAGCGGCAUUUUGCGCUGAGCAAUACACUGGCCUUACAACAGAGUGGCCUGCGUUCAAUGGAAACACAGAGCAGAGCAGCAAUGAGCCCAAAUCGGUGGCAUUUUCACAGCUGGGGGAAUACUCUGGAGAAAGGUUUGCUGGGAAAUAACUAACGUUAUGGACUCAAAUAAAACAUUUUGUAAAACAUGAAUAUACUAGGGAUGUUUUUUUGUACUGGUUAUAUGAAUAAAAUGCUAUGUUUUUUUUAAUAUAUAUAUUAAUGUAGUUAUCUGGAGUUUCUCCUUUGUAGACGUCUGAUCGUCUAAUCCAUUUAUUUAUAGCAUUACCACUAUAACUAUUAAAGGAGCAGUUUGUGUUGUUUAGUGAACCUUAUCGCUCACAAAGAGAAUCUUAACUACAGUAAACACAAGAAGAACAUGACACCACUGGAGCCGGAGCCAGAGACACAGACACGGGUGAUCUGGCUGAGGGUAACAAAUCUCACUGAUCAUUUGAGAUAGCAGAUCUGAUCUGGAAGUGAAAUCAGGGACUUGCUGGCUGUUGCAGGCACACAAGGACGGAGUCUAGUUGCUGAAUUCUGCACAGCGUUAAUGGUAGAGAAGAAAAAGCAUGCAACAAGAAGCAAGGCCAGUUUUGGGCAUCCAGCUCUGUUAGGAAGAACUUUA